ACUUUUACGUAGGUCACUGGGAAUUUAGAAACUUCGCGAAUCAUCAACGAUGGGGAAGGACUAUUACAAGAUUCUUGAAAGCUUAUAGGAAGCAAGCGCUUAAAUAUCAUCCUGAUAAGAACAAGUCUCCAAACGCAGAGGAGAAGUUCAAAGAGAUUGCGGAAGCGUACGACGUUUUAUCCGAUCCUAAGAAGAAGGAAAUAUAUGACAAAUAUGGUGAGGAGGGACUGAAGGGUGGACCCACUUCGAGCGAAGGUGGACAAGGCUACACUUAUACUUUCCAUGGUGACCCACGAGAAACAUUUAGGAUGUUCUUCGGCACGGAUGACCCUUUCUCGGGGUUUUUCACAUCAGGAGGUAGGCGUAGUACCGUAGGAGAGCCUAUGAACGUCGAUGAUUUCUUUGGUAGCACACCUUUUGGAGGUUUCUUUGAAACUAAAAAUGUCAGCACGACAGGUGGUCGAAAACCUCAACAGGAUCCUCCAAUCUAUCAUGACCUGUCAGUUUCGCUUCAAGACGUUCUUCAUGGAACGACUAAGAAAAUUCGUAUUACGAGAGCUCGUUUGAAUCCAGACAGACAAACCACUCGUCAGGAAGAAAAGACGGUUGAAAUCGAAGUUAAAAAAGGUUGGAAAGCUGGUACAAAAAUCACGUUCCCUCGGGAGGGUGAUGAGAGUAUUAAAGGCAAUGUUCCUGCCGACGUUGUUUUCGUUGUUAAAGAUCGAACACACAAACAUUUCAAGCGUGAAGGAAGCGAUGUACGUUAUGUGGCUAAAAUUAGCCUAAAACAAGCUCUUUGUGGGGGUACUAUCUCAAUACCAACAAUCGAUGAAGGACAAAUAAACAUCCAACUCACUGAAAUUAUCAAACCUGGGACAACCAGACGUAUUCCACAUCAAGGUCUUCCCUUUUUGAAGGAACCUAGUCGCCUUGGCGAUAUGAUAGUUGAAUUUCAGGUCGUUUUUCCAGAUUACCUAUCAAAUUCGCAGAAAUCCCAGUUAGCAUCAAUAUUACCCAACUAACCAUGCAAGUUAAUUAUUGAAAAGAUGUGAACUAAAACUUGAUUUUAGAAGCUGUAAUUUUUUUCUGCCAUAGUAUGUAUAUAUCAGUUUUCCUAAAGUUACUAAUCCAUCUUGCCUUCCCUGUACAUGAAGUAAGAUCGAAUAAAGACUGGUGGUGAACAUUUUUAACUGGAACGUCGGAUUUCACAGGCAUCCGUGAACCAUGUAUUCGAAAGUAAAUCUACACAAUAGUUUUCCGAAGGUUUAGACCGACGUUUUAUUGUUGUGUUUAUAUCCCCACAGACUCUCCAGCUACAUUGUGACGUUUGCUGGCAGCAAUUGGUAGAGAUUUAUGUCUCUGGUAGCAAUAAAAUACUUUGGUUUCCCCAUGCAAGACCUGUACCACAUAUAAGGACACCAACUGUCUGUAUACUUGUAGUGCCAUCAUUUGUUUACUAGAGAAACAACUUACACCAUAUGCGACGGUUUCCAAGCGUAAUAAAUAGCCAUUUUCUCAACUCUUCAGGCAAAUCGCUUUUGCUCUUACGUUUUUUGGUCUUUUACCCCGAGUGGCUAGUCAGUUAUCUAAACGCAGGGUCUAGUGACAUACACUGCUCAGUUUGCGUUGUAUAAACCAUUAACAUACUGCCGCUAUCUAUGAUUCAACUCGAAUUCUGAAUCCCAGAUUUUGAGAUGGAUCUCACUCAUAUAGCAGGAUUACUCUUGUUACAACUAGACCGGUCAAAAUAAACAAGAAAGCAUCGAAAUUCUACAUGGCAUCAAAAGUUGUGCUGGCUUUAUGAUUAGUAAACAGUAUAGAAAACAGUCGGAUAGUAACUGUAAAUGAUAAAAACUGUACGGAAGAGUAGUCUAUAAUCUGUCCGCUAUAUUUAUGCUCAAGAUCUUAUUAGUCCUUAUGUAGGCGAUUCACUAAUAACGGGGUAUUUAGACAUACUCAACUGGUAAGGUGCAGCACUUUUGUUCUGUGAAGAUCGGGUACACAAUAAGCUGGCUAACGAUAAUCACGAGAUUAUUGCAAAAUGAUAACGAAUCAAAAAGUGUUACUAAUUCCACGAUCAAAAGUGUUAGGUAACUUGUAAGUCAUACUUGUUUGGUUCCUAAUUGACAAGAAUCACUGACCGAACAACCGAUAGGAUAUGUAAGAUUUCGUCGAGAUUAACAAAAGCAGAAUUUCAGGUUGAAUCACACUGUGAAAAGAUGUGUUUAGUAGUUGUAGAUUGCAACACAAUAAGUCGGUUACAUUUUCAGCUACAAAAUGCUGGGAAGGCGUUUUUAGAUUAUCUACAUUUAUUUGUUCGGUCAGUUACCUGUAGAAGUAUUUUUAACUCCUGAUCAAAAUUAUCUCAACGGUAACAAAUUCGUUUAUCUGACCACAACCAUCUAUUGUGACUGAAAUACUGGGUUCUUAGAGCUGUAAUCAUUUCGAAACAACAUUUCCCAAAUAUAAGUACGGAAUUUAGCCGGCAUUAACGUUACACGGUAACCCAGUUUAACUAAUUAAUGACCACUUCUUUAAUAGAAAAAACAGAGCGUGAUACUGAGAACUUCCUCGUUGAUUCAGUAAAAUUGAGUAUAUUUGUGCCAUUUGUUUUUCUAAAACGAUUUAUUUCGAUAUGAACUGAUCGAACAAGUUGAAAGCCUACUUUUAAUACUGUGACAAGCUCUGCAAGGCCAUUAUUAAAUUUGGCUUUUUAACAAAUAACAUGCGCCUCGAUUAUUGGUUUUAUUCGAAUGUACCGUUAUGGAGAUUUCGAACACUUGAGUGUAGGUAUUUAUGGCAAGUUGUACGUUUUCGGAACCAAAAUUAGUUCCAUUUAAUCCUAAAAUACUUUCCCUCUUGAAUUAGUGUCCUCCAUCGCGACACCUGUGAUAAAUAGUAGUUGUUAUUGUAGUGAACCUAAUGUACGCACCAGCAAUCUCUAGAUCUGUUCAAAUAUGCUUUACCAGUCAUGAAUGGGAUAUUAUUUGAGUAUGAAAUAAAACCACGAAGAUAUUGCUUAGUAAUCAGAAUAAAGCGCACAAAAACGUACAACAAUAUUUCAUAACAAUCAGAAGCCGUCUGUAGACUGAAUAUCUUGAUUCUAGGAUCUGAAUCUAUAGACCAAGAUAGUAUAAAAUACGUAGAAAAUGCGAUUCCUGAGACCAUAACUUCAAAUAAAAUUAGUGACUCACUGAAAUUUAAGAAUUUAAUGAGGGUUUUUAUGGUGAGUAGAUACAAGUUAGGGGACUCUAAACCAAGAGGUACCAACUAUAUAUGUACGCAACAAUCUCGUUUACGUCACUUUAGUCCGAACAUACGGCUAAGAAAAGAUUCUUCAACAAAAUCCCUUAUCUAUAAAAUUGAGAAUAGUACAACCUGAUAUUUGAUUUUCUAUUCACUCAAAAAAAAACUGGAUGGAGUGUGAAAGUAAUAAAAAAAGAACAGUAACUCCUGGAAUAUCAUAGAAAACAAAACAGCUAAGUUAGUCACUAAGAAAUUCAACCGAUAGGGAAGCUAAGGUUUCUGCUAAAUAUUUGGAAUAAAUGGUUGAUUUUAGGAAAACCAACAAAAUGGUUUGUUUUGCUUACUCACUAUUUCGUUUCGAUCAAAAUAUCGUACCUAUGUGGUCGAGAAAUAUACCAAUUAACUUGAUAAAUUUAGCUGUAGACAUUUAAGAAGUCGACAUCGAUCAUGGGCGAUUUAAUUUUAACACUGUUCCCACUACAUUCGAAUGUCAUCGGUUUGAAUACACAUAAAGUAAGAGUGACUUGUCGAGCAGUACCAAAGAACGACUGUCCAGUGUUCGAUGCUUUCCAAAAGUCUAGGGACUUAUAUCCUUUGCGAAAAUAAUAUUCGAAAUAAUUAGGACUCCGUAAAAUCGUUCAAUUCUAUAACUAGUAUUAAUAUCGUCUGAUUUCAAGCAUGAAUAAAUACUAGGGUGGUAGCCGCAACGCAAUAUUAGUAUUCUGUUAGGUACGUUGUUAUUGAGCACUAACGAUGCACCAGUAAAAUGACGGUUUUAGUUUGCCAAAUGUAAAUUAGAUCUUGUAACUCUGACAAAUUUGAAAUCACCAUUUUAACAGUAAACUAUAACCACAAAUUUACGGAUAAUUGAAUGAGGAUACUGGAUAUGAGAGAGCACUAUAUAAGAAAACGACCUCAACCCUUCAAAAGUAGAAAGCGCUGACUUGUAGAACUAGAAUGCAAUUUUUAAUUGGUAGACGAUAACGGCUGUAAAACCAGUGCUAAGGCAAACUGGGGAGGCGUUUUGUGUCAUUUUACGGGAACUUGAAACAAAUUUCUUGUGGUUAGGUUGAUAUCUUUUGAAUAUUGAGUCAAAUGCUACUACUGGUGAUUAAAACCAACUUCGCGAUGACUUAUACUCGUUGGUUACAUUAAAUGAACAUUUGUUUGAUUGGUCAAAUUACUUGUCAUUUUGCAUAACAUAGAUUUUUCUAGGCAUUUUUGUGCAUAUACACCAUAAAUCGGUAGUAUCUUGAGUUUAUCGCUAUCCCAAACACUCACUGUUUAUAGUAAUAAAGGUUGUUUUUAAAAACUUUGAAUAAAUUCAAGAUCAAUACAUACGAUAAACUAACCAAUGCAUGUUUUAAUUUAAGGAAUGAAAGAUGAAUUCGACAACAAAAAUCAAAUGACUUUCAAACGUAAGUUGUUAAGGUACAUUGAAGAACAUGAACAUGAAAGAGGAGAAAGUUGUCGUCUUGAUUUUACGUAUUUACAUUCUUAUUAUUCAUAUUUACAAAAAAUACUCAUGGUAUCGGUAAAUAUAGUUUUAGAUAAAAAAUCCAAUUCAAAAAGUGGUAGAUCAUCUAAUAAAGUAGUGGAAGGUUGACAUUUAUCAAAAUAUGGGAUCAGUUUAGAAUGAGCAGUUAUCGAUUGUUGCAAAGUUGCAACUCUGUGAACAGUACAAAGUACAGGAUUAGCAAUCACUUGAUCCUAACGAAAGUAUACGCAAAAAUAAGACGAAAGAACAAAAUAUUUUUUAGUUAUAUUUUUUUGCACUCCUGGUUUUACAGGGCUUUUUGUUUAUGCUAUACAAUUAUUACAAUAAAUGGUGGCAGAACGAAAAAACUGGAUAAGAUGUAGGGAAAUACACAUGUCAAUGUUAUGGUCAGUCGAUUUGUAGCAUCGAUGAUAUACAAUAGAUUAAUUGAUCAAAUUUUAUUACGGAAAUCAAUUGCUUUUUGUGAAUGUUCGUCACAAGAACAACAAGCCUUCAUUUAAAAACUAUUUUCAUUUUACUAUUCCUUCAUUAUCCAUUAACUUCAUCAUAUAAUCUCCUUUUCGAUAUUUAGGAACAAUUUAUGGCCUAAUGUCAUCCUAUGUUCUAAUUAUUUUUAAAUUUAAACACAAACAUUGGUACAAGGAAGCACCAAAAAGAUAUGCACCACAUAAAUCAUUCGAUUUGUAUAAAGGCUGAAAUACUUCCUGGGUGCCCAAACCGAAACAAAUGGUUGUCUUAGGGGAACACACACAUGGAGAAUUAGUGCAUAUUUUCUAUCAGAUAAGUAUUAGACACUUGAAUCAUUGUUUUCUUAUAUUCUCAUGCUUUUACGUUUUUGUUGGGUUCAUAAUCCACUGUACUGUGUUGUGCCUUCCUUAGGUUACUGUGAGUUUACUACAGAAUUAUUAAUUAGAUCUAUUUCACUUAUGGUGUAGCCCUGCGUACAUUGUAUUUUCCUUUUUAUGCUGCUAUGCAUUCAAGCAACUAGUAUGUAUAGUCGCACGAAUUUUGAGUUACAAACUAAACUGUGCAACAAGUUUAUCUGUCUGUCG